CCCCGGCGGCGGCGGAGCGGCGCGGAGCGGAGCGGGCGGCGGUGCGGGCUGCGGUACCACCAGCAGCGGCGGCUCUGCGGGGCCGCGCCGGUCUCGGCCACCCCCCGGACUCCCCUCCGGCUCUGCCCGUCCCUCCGCCUCCCUCCCCCAUCCCCUUUUUUUUUUUUAUUUUGCCGCCCCCCCCUCAUUUCUCCCAGCAACGCCGCCCCCCGCCCCCCCCCGCAGCAAGAUGGUGCAGAAGAAAUCAGAGAUCCCGGGAUUCCACCGCUCCUUCAAGGGGCAGAACCCUUUUGACCUGGAGUUCGACCAGUCCAACCACCUGGAGCCCGUCUUCAACUUCGAGUGCCCGCCCCGUCCUGACAUGCCUUCAAGUCAACCCAUCGACAUCCCUGAUGCCAAGAAAAGGAACAAGAAGAAGAAGCGCUGCAGAGCCACCGACAGCUUCUCCGGCAGGUUCGAAGAUGUUUACCAGCUGCAGGAGGAGGUGCUGGGAGAAGGGGCCCACGCCAGAGUCCAGUCCUGCGUGAACCUCAUCACCAACAAGGAGUACGCGGUGAAGAUCAUAGAGAAGCGCCUGGGACACAUCCGGAGCAGGGUUUUCCGGGAGGUGGAGAUGCUCUAUCAGUGCCAGGGACACAGGAACGUCCUGGAGCUGAUUGAGUUCUUUGAGGAGGAGGAGAGGUUUUACCUGGUGUUUGAGAAGAUGAGGGGAGGCUCCAUCCUGACCCACAUCCACCGGAGACGCCACUUCAACGAGCUGGAGGCCAGCGUGGUGGUGCAGGAUAUCGCCAGUGCCCUGCACUUUCUGCACAACAAAGGGAUUGCACACAGGGAUCUGAAACCAGAAAAUAUCCUGUGUGAGAGCCCAGACCAGGUCUCCCCAGUGAAGAUCUGCGACUUUGACCUGGGAAGUGGCAUCAAACUGAACGGCGACUGCUCCCCCAUCUCCACUCCGGAGCUGCUCACCCCGUGUGGCUCAGCCGAGUACAUGGCCCCAGAGGUGGUAGAAGCCUUCAACGAGGAGGCCUCAAUCUACGACAAGCGCUGUGACCUGUGGAGCCUGGGUGUCAUCCUGUACAUCAUGCUGAGCGGGUACCCCCCCUUCGUGGGUCACUGCGGCUCUGACUGCGGCUGGGACCGGGGUGAGGCGUGCCACACCUGCCAGAACAUGCUCUUUGAGAGCAUCCAGGAGGGGAAGUAUGAGUUUCCUGACAAGGACUGGGCACAUAUCUCCUUUGGAGCCAAAGACCUCAUUUCCAAGCUGCUGGUGAGAGAUGCCAAGAAGCGGCUCAGCGCAGCCCAGGUCCUGGAGCACCCCUGGGUCCAAGGGUGUGCCCCGGAUAACACCCUGCCAACCCCCAUCAUCCUGCAGAGGAACAGCAGUGCCAAAGAGCUCACCUCCUUUGCUGCCGAGGCCAUCGCUGUCAACCGCCAGCUGACACGGCAUGAUGAGGACGAGGAGGAAGAGGCGGAGGAGGAAGCACGACCCAUCAUCAUCAAAGCUACCUCACGGGCCAUGCAGCUCUCCCCUCCCUCUGAGUCCAAGCUGGCCAAGCGGCGGCAGAAGAGCAGCCUGGCCAAGGCAGUGGCCUCUGGGCAGCACCUGGUGGCCCCGCUGGUCCUGGUGGCCGACCAAGCCUGAGUGGUGCCCCUCACACCUGCUGUACCCCAUGUCCCCCCUUCUCCUCCUUUCUUUCUUCUCCUUUCCCUCCCUGACCCCACUGUUUCUGGCUAGUGACAAGAUCAGGACUCGUCCCUGUGGCUGGUUUCCAAGGUUUUGCUGAUCUUGUAGGUCUGGGGGUGGGAGGGUUUGUUUAAGAUUUUUUUUUUUUUAAAGAUAUUAAAUCAAGUGUGAGGUUGCUUCACCCAGGGCACACUCAAGGACAUCUGACAGACACACGGACUUUUGUUUCCCAGCUCUUGGUUUCUCCUCUGACAUUUUUCCCCGUCCCUGACACCAAAGGACUCUUUGUGUCCGCGGCUGCUUUGACGAUUUCAGCUCAUUUCAUACUGUGAACAAAAGACCCUCGGUCGCGUUUUUAACAACGGGAGUUGCGUUUUAACCUCGUCCCUCCCCUCAGAGCUGCAGGUUUUUCUCCAGUGUUGGGGGAGAUGCCACAAAAACCCCUUCCUGGGGGUCUGGGAGGCACCUCCCGGGUGUGGGGAGCCCCUCUGUGCUGUGCUCGGCUCCAGGGGGACAUAGUGCAGGGAACUGCUCGGGCUGGGGAGAGACGGUGCCAGCAAGGGAGCAGCACCCAACCCACCCUCUCUCCUUGGCCUCCUACUUCCAGAAUAAGCUAUUCACCCCUUUUCUUUUUCUUUUUGCCCUUUUUUUUUUUUCUUUCCUUUUUUAAUUACUGUUGGUUUUAAACUGCCAGCUGUGCUUCUCGACAGGGCAUGGAGAAAUGUCUUCCUUUCCUCCCACGCUCCGGCUGGCAGCUCCCUGGGGGAUGCAUGGGCAUCCAGGGCUGUGCUCUUGUGCCAGGUCAGGUGUUGCACCCUGGGUUUUGGAAGGGCUGGUGGCUGUGCCCUUGGGGAUGUGCAUGGGGGAUGAGGUGUUCAGGGUGGCCAGAGCAGCCAGAAACACUCUCUGGGAAUUGUGUGCUCUGUGGAAAACAAGGACCCCCUUAAAAAGCAUCAGGACCUGCUGCAGGACAGUGAGACCUGCCGUGGCUUCAGGCUGGCCCCGAGGCUGCUGUGGCAUGAGGGUCGGGGGGCACAGAGGGUGCCCAAUGCUCCAGGGGUGCCAGUGGGUGAGCAGGCAGGCUGGUAGCAGCACCCAAAGGUUAGGGCACAGGGGAGCAGCCUUGGAGCAGCUGGGGAUGUGGGGCUGGAAGGUUUGGGGUCAGAGCAGUGGGGUGUUCAGCAGGGAGAGCACUGGUGUGGGUGGUCGUGCACGUGCAUCCCUGCUCACGUGUGUUCAGGCGUGCACGGCGUUGUCCUUUCCUUGGAGUUUGCUUCGGGGUGCUGAGUUGGGGUGAGGCCCUUGGCUGGUUUCUGGGUCUGUCCAGGGGAGCAGGGCCUGUACUCGGGGCCAGACCAGCAUCCAGAUCCCCCUGACACCCCCUGCUCCCCGCCACAGGCACUGCCAGCCCCCAUCCCACUGGGAGGGCAGUGCCCCCUUCAUAGCCUCCUCCUGUCCCUUCUCACUCAGUGCUUUGAGCUUUUUGUUUUGCAAAAGCAGCCUUGGCCCAUCGUGCACAGGUGAGGGUUUGGGAGCUCUGAGUUGGGAAACAGACUUCCCUGGGUCUUCAGCUGAUGACAGUCGCUGUCUCUGGAAAAAAAAAAAAAGAAAGUUCUCCUUUUUAUUUUAAGACUGCUGACAGCAAUACUAUGCAAUAUAUGUUGUUUUUUGUUUCAGGGAGGUGUGUGUGAGUUAUCUUGGGAGAUGAUGAUCUCGGGUGUUGAUGGAGUUUAGGGCAGGGGUCAUCUUUUCCCACCCUUCCCAGCCUUUCUGCUGACCCAGGGGGCUGAGGAGGGUGACUCCAUCCCCAUCCCACCCCCAAAACUGUCUGGCAUUUGUGAUCUCCCUCUCCCUGUGUGUCCCCAGUCCCACUGUGCUGGGUGGAGAGGAGCAAGGCAGUGGUGAUGGGAGACCCUCCCUGCAGGCACCAGGACACCCUGGAGAGGCCUCCUUUAACAAAAAGAAAAAAAAUCCAUCUUGAUUGUACAUUGUUACUUUUUAUAGCUUAUUUUGUUUUAUCAGUUGUAGAUAAUUCCUUGUUGUCUUAUAUUAAGAAAUACUUGAAUGAUGUACAGUACGCGAUGCCUUGAGCUGGUAUUGUGAAGCUAUCGUUGAUGCUGCACGCCGCAGCCUUUUUUAAAAAACAAAAAAGUCAUGGGAAGGGGAUGGCAGGGGGAUGUCUCCAAAAUGUAUCUGUCCCACAUGCUGCUUUUGUUGGCAAACUGAGUUUCCCUUUUUCCCCCAUGAUAAGAGCGAUCUCUUUUAUACCUAUGUGUGAGUACACCACACACACUGGGGAAGGCCUGGGUGACCCUGCCUGUGUCCCGUGGGUGUCCUCGGCUGAGGAUGUGCAGCCAGAAGAUGCUGUGGGAGUUUGUGGGAGUUGGAGGGUGUGCUGGGAGCAUCUGAGCUCAUCCCGGGCUUGGCUUUGCAUUUUGGGUGGGGUUUGGUGUGGACCCGGUGCUCCUGGCGUGGUACUCGGGGGUGUGACCCAAGGCCGGGGCUGUGCAUUGGUAGAGAAUCUUGAAAUGCCUCUAAGAGUCAGGAAUUGACUGGAAAACCUCCAGCCUGGCUGGUGGCAGUGCUGGGCACCCAUGGGUGCCCUGGUGGGGCAGGCAUGGCUGGGGACACCCUUGUGCCAGACAUCCCCUCCCCGCUGCCAGCACCUCUCCCGGGGCGGUUUCCAGACAGAUGCUCCCGUGGUCCAGCACCAGCGACCCUCUCUUGCCAGCACUCUUCUUCCUCCUCUUCCUCUUUCCAAUCUUUCCCCCUCCAUAGAGCAUCUAUCUUGGAAACCAACUUCAAAAAUUAUUCUUUUUUUUUUAAGCUGGAAAUGUUAAGUGUUUUCGCUUCCUCUCCUUUCCCCCCCCACCCUUCCUCCAGCCAACUAACUCGACUUAGAACUGGUUAGAAACGUUUACUGUGAAGCUAACUCUUUUUUAUCAAACCAGGAGAAACUUUCUCCACUUUACAAUUGAUGAAGACUGCCAAAGCUGGUUCAACAAGAGUCACGUUAACGCACUGUUGGUUUGUGCAACAGCAGCCACUGCUCAGGGGCUGGCUGGGAAAUAAAAAAGAAAAUACAAAAAAAAAAAAAAAAAAAAAGACAAAACUACAAAAACAAAAAAAAAGAAAAAAAACAAACACACAAAAAGACGCACUUUACUGUAUGUACCAGGUGACCUGAUACAGCUGAAUUGAAGUUUUCCUUUAUAACAAUUGUUGAUGCCAGAAUUUUGUAUUCUGUUUUGUAAGAAUUUAAUAAAAAUGCAUUGAGACCUA